CCACUUCGCCAGUCGCUCCGUCGCUGGUAAUCCGGCCAUGCGAUUCAGGAGCCAUUACACUAUCAAAUUUCAAUCGAUUCGUACGUGUGUUAGUUAGUACGAUUUGUUAUAUAGGUGUAUACUUAUGUGUAUAAAUAAUGUUCUAAUUUUAUUCGUACGAAAUAUGAUUUGGUUUACGUCGUGACAUGGUCCACGGUUUUGACGAUGGCGGGUUUAUUGAGGGUACCGCAUUUCCGGCAUAGUGGCGAGGACUGUAGGCGAACCGGUCCCGAAGAAGGGAUCGACAAUUUGUUGCUGGUGCCAGGGAGUGUGCUGGAUAUGGAUGGAAAUCAACUUAGAGACGACUUGAAUGGAUUGAGAUUUGCAUUUCGUAAACAAUAUCUGCAGGCGGAUCUCGGGCCCCAGGGAAAUAUUUGGAUAUCAGGAGUGACCACUGUUAACUCUGACAAUCGGCCAAGUACAGCUCCAACACCACCUCAAAAUUCUUCUAGAGCAGGCGGACUUCAUUGGUUUGCUCAUGGUGCAGAUUCAUUUGACUUUUAUGAUGAAACAGACGAAACAGGAAAAGAAAAUGCAAUCAAAGACCGCGAAGAACGAUUACGACUUGUUCGUGAGAAACACGAUGAAGAACGCCAAAGAAAACUCGAUGAACUCAAACAACAAGCACUGGCUGUACAAAGGUAUCGAGAACAAAAAGAGGAGGAAAGACGGAGACGUUUAGAUGAAAUGCGUUUACGAGAUUCUGAAAGGCGACAACAAGUGGAAGAAAGAAAAAGACAAUUGUUCGAAGCUGAGAGAGAGAAACGAGACGCUAUCCUAAAAAAAAAUCUAGAACGUGAGGCCAGAAUURUGUCAAAAAGAAGAAAUGAGCGUAGCUCAAUUGUUUUCGCAUUCGGAAGUUCGACGCCUCGCAUGUUAGAACCUUCAGAAACCGGCGGAUCGUACUGGGCUAGUCGCAGAGCUACAUCUACCAGCAAUGUGAUGAUGCUGAGCAGUACAACUCCCAUGGGCCCUUUGACGAGGAGAUCGUCAGAGCGCGAGCUAAACGAAUGUUCUGGGAAAAAAAGGGCUGCUUCAGCUGGUGGUCUGUCGAAUCGCAGUACUGACGAGUACAAUAAUAAGAGACAUUCCGUAAUGGAUGUCUUACAUUGGAGUGAUAUGUGUUACCCUGUUAUCCCAGAAUACCCUGUAGAUGUGGGGUGUGAAGGCGGUGAUGGGAGCGCCGAACGAAGGGCGGCCAGACGGAAGACGGACCUGAUGCCCACCAUCGUGUCCCCGCGUGACCUGACACCCUGCAGCCGUCCCGGAUCAUCCAGUUCGUCCCGUCGGUCACCAGGUAGGGCGAGUUCGAUGACUCGGCUGGACGGCGCCGCAGCCACCGCUUUCGGCGGUGGAGGCGGACGGCUACUGUCGUCUGCGCGCAGCAUGAGCCACUUGGCCGGCGGCGGCGGGCGAUCUGUUGUUUUAGGUGCCAACAAGGAUCGCUCGACGCAUCACCGUAGUAUGAUCGCCUUGAACCCGGUGCCGCCGCCCAGACCCACCAGAGCCGAGCGACUGCGCAAGCGCGCCAGAGAAUUCGCAAACGGCGGUGGUGCAGGCAUGAAAUCUGGUGAAAUGACGCCGAAUCGACCCCAGAGUUCCAUGAGUCAGUCGAGCACUGGACCUUUGCCMACGCAACCGAGAUCCAGGCCCGUAGCGACACCACGCAAACCGCGGCCAAUCAGUAUAGCCGUGACUGGCGUCACAUCUGAUCCACCCGCUAAGUCUCCGGCCACUGGCGAAAGACCGCCACUGCCCAAAGUGAAUGUUACCAAAAAGUCGAUUACCCCUAAGGUGGAGACGAAAAAGUUCCCCAACGACAAUACAAAACAGCAAUCUUCGACGGCUAUAAAGGACAAAAAUAAAAACGCAAAGAAUUCUACUGAAUCAUCCGAUAACGUCGAAUCUUCUAAUCAGCAGCAUACCACCGCGGUGGUUCCCAAAGACGAAKACAGUCGUGAAAAUUCGACUCAAGGGUCGGUGAACGACCUAGCCGAAUGCGACAUGACCGCUUCGAUGUUGGCUACGAAACAGAAGAUCUCGACGGAAGAAGAAGCCAAAGCGGCGUUGGCGGAACGCAGAAAACUGGCGCGUGAACAAGCAGAGAGAGACGCAGAGUUAGAAAGACAACGAUUGGAAGCCGAGAGAUUGGCAGAAGAAGAACGGUUGCGUUGUGAAGAAGAAGAACAACGUCGGCAAGAAGAAGAACAACUACGAAUGUUGGAAGAAGCUCGGAAAUCUGAAGAGUUGCGGUUGCAGUUGGCCAUCGAAGAAACAAAAAAACGUGAAGAGGAAGAUAAAAAACGAAAAGAGGAAGAGCACAAGUUGAAAUUGGAAAAGGAAGAAGCUGACCGCAAAGCAAAAGAAGAAGCGGAAAAGCUGAGACAAGAGAUGGAAAUCAAAUUGAAAAAGGAGGAAGAAGACAGGCAACUUAGACGUAAACGAGUCGAAGCUAUCAUGCUGCGGACUAGAAACCAAGGCAAAGGAAACUCGUCGACCAAAGAAGAGACUGAAUCUGCCGAGCAACAAGCCGGCGAGAAUAAGACGGAAAAAUCGUCGUCUGACCGGAUGACGACUAGUCAAGGACCGAUAUCUGAGACCGAAGCGAUGCUGACCGCCGAGAGGGUUCAUUCGUUGUCGUCAACGACGUCAUCGACAUCUUCGUCGCCAACAUCACCACCGGGCGACACUCUGUCUAACGGACUGCUUCCGGUAGAAACUUCCAGUUCCAAACAAAACGGUCGUACGGACGACUCGGUAGUGCAUCAGAGCAACGGCUGCCUUCCGACGGCGAACGGCAACACAGUUUUCAGCUCGGAAGUACAACUAAACAAUGUCACUAACAAUCUGCUAGAUUUAUCGUUGGAACCCAUUCCGUCUGACGCUCUGUCAACGCAACAAAUCAUUGAUAUUGGCAUGAGCAAGUGCAUUCAAGGCAACACUACGGACUUUCCUGCGUAUCAAGAAACUAAUAGAUCAGAGCAACAAAUUGUCAAUGGUUUGACUGGUAGAAGAAUCUAA